AUGGUAAUCUACGUUUCUGCGCGGAGAUGCAGUCUUAAAUCAGAUCGGGUAGAGCCUCCGACCAUUCUCCUUAAAGAAACUAUGUUCAUUAAGCUCCCGUUGAAGGAGUUCCACAAACGCAUGCAGAUCCUAAACUAG